AUGUCGAUCAAAAUUUUCCUUCUGCUCAUCUCUCUCGGCCAGUUUCCCGUCCACACGUACGAGAUCUUUGCCCUGAGACACUACAACGAACAUCGUCUUUCGGGGGACUCGGAGGAUUCCUGGGGUUUUGGGCAGAUCGUGGCCCUGGUUUCGUUGGGGUCGACUCUCGUGCAGUCUAUCGGAACCAUCAUAGAUUAUUUCCAGCAUUCGAGCUUGGAGAACAGGGUCGAAGUCAUUCAGCUGCGUGAGAGAGGGACGCCAAUCGAAGACCAUCAGACCCCUCCAUUGGAGGUUCUGCAACGUGGCCAUACCAUGCCAACCAUGCCGGUGGAUCUUGAGUCGCUGGAGACACCCGGCGCAAGGAGAAGAGCCAACUCAUCUUGA